AUCGGCGCCGUGGCCGCACGCGUGCGCGCGCGCCCCGACCGCGUCUCGCUGCUGCUCUGGAACGCCGGCGCUGACCCGAACUGCACACCAGAGUCGCUGUGCUGCGGGCCGAUGCCCACCAACCUGCAGCGUCUGUCGGCGUGCGUGGCGGCGGUGGUGGCCGCGCUGGAGUGCCCCGUGUGCCUGGAGGUGGUGGCGCCGCCCGCGCACCAGUGCGCCAACGGCCACCUCAUCUGCGUGCGCUGCCGCGUGCGCUCCGAGCGCUGCCCCGUGUGCCGCGUGCGCUUCAGCCGCGGCCGCUCGCUGCUCGCGGACCACUGCUUCCAGGCGCUGACGGACGCGUUCAACCUGAAGUCGGAGGCGGAGGAGGCGCGGCCGGCCAAGCUGCGGGAGCGGCUGUUCGGCCACCGGCGCAAGGCCAAGCCGCCGCCGGCGCCAGCCCCGCCCCCCAAGGCGGCUCUCCCCGUGCCGCCCACCAACAAGUUCCUGGCGCGGCUGCUGGGGCGCGCCAGCUCCGUGGAGAACCUGUCGACGGCCGGGCGGCCGCCCCACGGCGCCGCGCACGCGCACGAGUUCAACUCGCUCAAGGCUAAGUCGCUCUCCAGCAGCGACAUCUCGCGCCCGCUCAGCCCCGCGGCGUCGCGCUGCCCGUCGCACACCGCCCUUCACCUGCCGCCCGCGCACGUGCUCUCACCCCGCUCCCCGCUCGCCCUCCGCUCGCGCUCCCGCCCCGCCUCCUUCCACGGCUCCUGCGACUCGCUCAGCGGGCGAAUCGCCGCCGACUUUGGAGAAAGGCCCGCUGCUGCUGCCGUUGCCGAGGGUGAGGUGUUCGUCUGCCCGCGCUCCGCCGGUUGUGGCGAGCGCCUCGACACCAACACAGUGGUGCCCCACGCGCACGAGCGCCACGACGGCCCACUCGUGCACUACGCGCGGCCCAGCGCGCUCUGGAGCCUUCCACCGCCACUGGAGAGCGCCACCAUCGCGCUUGCCGCGCCAGAUGCGUCCGCCACCGCCGUGUUCGUCGUGGUGGAGAGGGUGGGCGACAGUGACGGAGGAGAUGGAGUCGCUGAUGGCGAUGGACAAUGUGACGCGCCAGCCUUAUAUAUUAUAGUUUUCUCUAUGUUAAUAGAAAUAUUCUCAGAUGAAGUAAUUUCCGAAACGAUUAAAAUAAUUGCACUAGAUGCACACUUAUUUAUUUUGAUCUUAAAAGGUAGCAGACGUCGAAAAGAAGAUGUCUUUAAAAUUAUCAUUGAAUUAUUUUAUUGCAGUAAAGAAUGUUUAAUUCUGAAGAAAUAUCUAGAUUCUCAAAUAUUUGUAUGUAGUGUAACGUUACCAGACUCUGCGGUUUCAGAAGAAAUAAAACUCUCCAUUUAUUUAUUUUCAAAAAUCCCAUCUUCAGGAGAGCAUGGCGUCCACCACUAUUCUAUCUCAAUGUUUGCGUUUGGAAGAAGGCUUUUACAUAAGUGCUCAUUGAAUUGUUCAGAGAAGUCAGGAAAUUUUAGUGCACAGCCAGGUGAAAAAACUCCGCAUAAUAAAGUAUUGGGCAGGGGAAAUGUAGUUUAUACUUAUUCCCGAUUUCCAAGAAAUGCAAUUACUAAUAUGUUUAACAUAGCAAUAAGCAAAAUUAGGUUUUCUGUGGUUUCUUCGUCCAUAAACACGAAAAUGAUAUUUAAAUACAGUGAUUAUCUUUUGUUUUUGCGAUCACAUCACUCAUUAGGCACAUAUUACAAUACAACAAGAAACAAUAUUUUUAAUUAA